UCGGGUACAAAAGAACGUAACAACAGUCAACAAAGGAGAUGCCAAAAAAGAGUGGAAAGAAAGGAAAGGGGAAAGGAAAGAAGAAAGCCAAGAAGACUGUUGCAGGCGCAGAAGACAUUGUCCAGAGUUUCCUCAAAUGUUACGAGAGAAACUGUGGUCUGACCGAGUCACAGAUUAGUCCUAGAAUUAAAAGUGCCUUAAGAGCAUGCAAGGAAAAUGAAACUGUGCUUUCCACUUUUAUUUUGGAGCCUGCUCCCAUUGAGAAGGAAGGGGACCUUCCAGUUUUACUGGAGCCUUUGAUUGCUGCCUUUAGACAAGAGCGAUAUGUCCACAUACAAGAUUUGUAUCUGUGGAAUUACCCAAUGACGUAUGAAAAUAUGGCAACAGUGGCCUUGCUGUUAGAGAAAGGCUGUUACCCCUUGAGAUAUGUCGAGUUUCUUGAUUGUCUGUUGGAGGGUUACUCACUUCAGCGCUUCUCUAGGUCCUUUAACAUCUGUUCGACACUAACCUCUGUCACACUGGAUUAUAAUGAAUUCGGAGAUGAAGGUGCACGGUACUUUUGUAAAGGAAUGGAGGGAAAUGUCACCCUUCUAUCCAUUAGCAUGUGUUAUUGUGAUCUGGGUGUAGAGAGUGGAGACAUACUGGGGAAAAUGCUGGUGAAAACAGCAGUCAGGGAGUUGUUCUUGGAUGGGAACAACUUAGAGUGUAAAGGGGUGAUCAGUUUGAUCGAUCUCUGUGCUGAACAGGCUUUUUAUGAGUCCACAAUGAGGGCAGAAGAAGCAGCAAGAAAACUCCAAGAGGAGGCUGAAAAAGCUGAACGAGAGAGUAAGCUUACUCCUCAGCAAAGACUUGAAAGAGAGCAAGGUUACCGGUCAUCUGGAUUAUCAGGAGAUGAAGAUGGUAAAGAUGGAAAGAAGAAAAAGAAAAAGAAAGGAAAGAAAAAGAAGAAAAAGGAGCCACCCCCACCACCAGCUGUAGGUCCUUGGAUCCACAAACUACAUGUGGCAGACAAUGGUAUUGAUGGGUUGGCAUACAAAAGAGAGUUAGCUCCCUUACAAAUGAUGAGAGUUCUGAAAAAGCUGAUCAUGUACUCUAACUGCUUUGAGGAAUUAGACCUGGAGAAAAACUUAAUUGGUGAUAUUGCUGCAAAAGAAAUUUUGGAAUCAUUGGAACAUAGAAAAGAAACAGAAAAACUUGGAGGGUGUAAGGUGAGGGUAGGCAGUAGGAUAAAGAAGGAUACAUUUGAUGGCAUCCUCAAACUUGGCUCUGGUCUCAAGAAAAAGAAGAAAGGGGGUAAAAAGGCAAGGAAGUAG